GUCGAUGCUGCCUUUGCUCAGCACAUGAAUCGCCCUUCGAUGCCACUGUCAAAGCUACCAAUCGUUCAGAAGUUAUUUUGAUUGCAUUCGAAGCGGUACAUUGAAAUACCAGACUAUGAACUAACACAGCCACGGAUUUAUUUCUAUUAACAUACACAUUUCAUUUUUUUUUUAAUUUUUCGUGCCAUUUGUUUUAACUACAUAUUUUAAUUUAUUUUCCAAAAAAUUUAUCAUUUAUUUCUUUAUUCAUUCACUCUGAGAAAUCGUGUGAUUUUGUUGUUUAUUGUUUGAGCUUAACGCCUUCAUUUUAGUGUGUGGUGCUAGACCAUCGAAAAUUCCAAUCGCAAUAGAUCGCUAUCAUUUUGAAUCCAGCUGAAACAUUUAAGCUUUGUGCGUAAUUUUUUCUUCUCUGGGUGAAAACAAAUCGUAUAAAUCCAAGUGCAGAAAUCAAAAGAAAAGACUAUUUUAGCAAAUCAAAAUUUGUAUUCUAAGAAAAAUCAUCCGUUGUCAUCCAAUCACCAAUCUCGUUGCAAUCGAAUAGCGCGCUUUUGUUAUUUAACGUUUAACGUUAAAUCAUUCUAAAUCAAAAUCAAUUUAAAUCAAUUUGAAGAGAUUUCUUAUCAACAUUUUCUAACGUGUUUGUUUUUUUAUUGGACUCAUUGAUUGUGUUUUAUUUGUUUUGUGUAGAAUCGUGAAAUUGUUUUUCUUUUCGUUGUUCUUGAAUGUAGAAUUUUGUGAUUUUAGUAAAUUUGAUUGUGAAGUAGUAGGUAAUUUUCUUGAAAACUUAGGCCAGUGCGUUGAACACAUACCGUCGAUAAAAAAAAUAAAUUAGCGUUAAUAAUCAUUUUUCAUCCAUCAAACAUAACAUUUAAAUCGAGCAAUUGAUUGCUUCGUUGUUGUACCGUUGCAAAAUGUAAAUUUGAACACGUUUCAAGUACACAUAACCUUUGGGAAACGUUUUGGCCGGACGAUUCGAUCCAAAAUAGAAGCAAACAAAAAAGAGUAUUAAAUCGCUGUAAAACGUGUGUAUUGUUUGUUGAGAGAGUUGUGUAUUAAAAAUAUUAUGGAAAUUUCGGGUGGUCAUCCAUCGUCGACAACAUCGCAUCAUACGCAAGCAACUAGUAGUAGUGUAAUAGUACAAAGUAGCCAGCCAGAAGAAGGAGUUUCUCUAACAAGCCUUUCAGAUAUACAUCAAUUGCAUCAUCAACAUCAUCAUCAUCAUCAUCAGCAGCAGCAGCUUCAAGCGCCGAGCGCCGCUACCGCUUCGAUAUCUGGUCUAGUUACUGGUUCAAUAUCAUCGAUAGCACCACAUCCAAAAUUGCAUCCGUUGCAUCAAUCACAUUUGCACGCACAACAAACGCCGCCACAUUUUGGUGCGACACGCACACCAUCCAUUCAGCAGGCAUCGUCAUCGUCCGCAUCCAGUCCGAUUUUGUCACCACCUGGAAAAACGCUUGGCCGCAAUAACAACGGAACCAUGGUCUCUACAUCCACACCACAGAAUGAAGCUGAACUGCAGCUAUAUCGAGUUCUACAGAGAGCCAGUCUUCUGGCAUAUUACGACACAUUACUUGAGAUGGGUGGCGAUGAUGUGCAGCAAUUAUGUGAUGCGGGUGAAGAUGAGUUUUUGGAAAUUAUGGCGCUAGUUGGAAUGGCAUCAAAGCCGUUGCAUGUUCGCCGUUUUCAGAAAGCCUUGGCCGAAUGGGUGAGCAAUCCAGCGUCGUUUAAAGUGCCAUUAUCAAGUAUAGAAACAACGCGAACUGAAUUCAGCCCUGAGCCCGUAACACAAUCGCGCAGCCCAUUUCACCCGAUCCCAACAUACAGUCCGUCUUCAAUUAGUGGAGCGGCCACAAUGGGAUCCACCUUCAGUACGAUCGGAAGUAUAUCAUCACAUAUUGGCAGUUCAAUUGGCGCAGCUUCAGCCACACCAAUGAGUUCGGUUUCCCAAUUAAAUCCAACGUUAUCUCCUGAACAAGUAGACCGGCUUACUAGAGCCGCCGAUCGAUUGGCAAGUCAAUAUCAAUUGUUGGACACAAAACCACAAAGCACGAAAAAGCGAUCAACGAAAGAGAUUGAUGCGAUUAUCGCUCUGAGCGAAAAUGAUGACCGACGAAUGUUUGGAAUUCGAAAGUUUUCCGCAAUUUAUGGUCGUUUCGAUUGCAAGCGUCGCCCCGAAAAGCCGCUAACACUUCACGAAGUGUGCGUGAAUGAGGCAGCAGCACAAAUGUGUAAAUUUAUACCAGCUUUAUUGACACGACGUGUUGAAUUAUUUCCCCUGGCUCGCCAGGUUGUCAAAGACGCUGGCUUCGGACACUCAGCUGGUAUUGCUCGCAUCGCCAUGAGCAGUCAACAGUCAACGUCAUCACGUUCGGCCGAAGAAGAGAUGCAAGCAAAACGAAUGAGAUUGCCAAGCGAUACCAGCUCUGAAUACAGCAAGGAAUACCACACAAGUGCCGAAGAAAUGCGACACAAUUUGCUGCAAAUCUAUCAUAAGCUGGGCAAAUCAUUUGAUGUCGGCGAUAUUGCAGCCCGGUUUUCUUCGACUCGUUACUCACGUUCCGAUUGUGAAGAUGACUCCCGAUUCUCGUUCAGCAGUUCGAGUUCGCCACAGCUUCAGUCGUCCAAUGGCGGUGAUAACGAUGUUGAAGAGGAGAAUAAGAUGUUAAGCGAAAUGGUUCGAUCGCCUGACGAUGAAAAGGAAGUCACCGUAACCGCAAACAUCAAUGCCAAUGCAAACGGGUCGUUGGGCGUGCGUGUGCUUUCAGCUUCGGGCAAUAAUAUUAUUGCAGUUGCCAAUCCAGCACUCGCUCUCAGUCCGACACUCGUUGAACCGAUAAAUAUUAAGCGAGAAGCUUCAGAUGAUUAGAUAAAAUAUUUUUAAAAUAUAGAGCAUUUUUUUUACAUAGUCUGGUAAAUGUGCGAUCCUCAAUUUUGCGAAAUAAUUUCUUAUUUUAAAUCAUAUAUUUGCAAGUUUAUUUUUCACACCAAUGAAGCAGCCAUUUUAUCCUUGUCGUUUAGCGUUGAAACAUGACCAUUUUUUCAGUCUGACUUUUUCUUCUUUUUUUUUCAUUCCAAAUCAAAAUCAAAUUUUCUAGAAAAAAAAUCGAUUUUAAUCCUGAUCAAGUUUUCCUUCCACAAAAAUGCCCUUUCCAAUGUUAAUUCCCCGUAACUAAGAACUAGUCGUUUAAAAACCAUGAUUCAUUCAUUAUUGAUUCAUAUAAUCAUUUCAUCUUCCAAUCGACUGAAUGACUGGGGCUAAUUGGCUGCUUUUUUAUCAACUGAAUGAGUGAAGUACCUAGUUUAAAUGCAAUAGAAACUUGAAAUAAUAUUUUAUGUGAGCAAUCUAACCAAAAAUAACACCGAAAGCAAUAAAGUUUAAACAUUUACAAAUUGCCUUAUAACAACUCAAUUUCUAUUAUUGAAGUGAGAAUCUCUCACGAUGAAACAACAUUAUAUUUUUUGUAAUCAGAUGAAAAAAGAAUUUCAAAUUACUGAAGUUGUCACAAAACAUUUAAUU